AUGAAAAUUAAAAGCGCAAGGCUAAAUAAAGCAGAAGGUAAGAGACAAAAAAUCAUUAGUCCAGAUAAGUUUCUGUCAGAUACAAAAAAUUAUAAACACCAUUCUGAAGCAAUCUAUACAAAUCGUCUACUGAACAAAUCAAUUGAACUAGCUCAAUCAUCAAAUCCUUCAUCAACUGAAAUUGGGUCAGCAAGCUGUUACAUCAAUUCAGAUAAGUUUUUGUCAAAUACAAAGAAUUAUGAAUACCAUCCUGAAGCAUUCUAUACAAGUCGUUCACUUGAUGAUCCAAUUGAACAAGCUCAAUCAUCAGAUCAAUCAUUAACAAGUUAUUACUUUAACGAUAACAAUUAA